AUGAAUUUAUAUGCUUUCAUCACAUAUAUUGAGAAGAUUAUCAACUUUCAGUACAUAUGUGUGUAUUUAUGUCAACCUGAAGUCAAAUUGAGUGAGGAGAUAGAUGCACUAGAAAACGAUUGUGAUUACACUGAGUUUCUUGAGGCUGCAAAUGGAAGUACCAUGCAUUUGAAUAUGUAUAUUGAUCAUGAUCAUGAAAAUUUGUUUGAUUGGAUUGAGAUGGAAGAGCCAGAACCCGAGGAACCUCGGUAUGAAGAUGAAGAUGUUGACUCCAUUAUGGCAGAUAAUGAUAGGUGUGAUCAUGAAGAGGAUGAUGAAGUUAUAUCAAGCAAAAGAACCUUCAAUGAAUGA